AUGUGACCACAUGUGACGCAGUAAUAUAAAAAGGACCGGAAGUGUGGGCGGAGCUGAGCAGACUACUGGCAGCAUGGCGGCGAUCAGGACCAACGUGGAAGAGAUCCGGAGUAAAGUGAUCUUGGGAGAGUUCGGAGUGACGAAUGUUCAUACAUCAGAUUACCCUGGAAACUACCCCGGCUAUGAUGACACGUGGGAUAUGCAGAAAUUUCAAAAGAACUUCCGAAUUGACGUAGUGAAUCUGGAUGAGAACAGUAUGGAGUUUGACAUGGUGGGGAUAGACGCAGCCAUCGCCAACGCCUUCAGAAGGAUCUUACUAGCAGAGGUGCCUACCAUGGCUAUAGAGAAGGUGUUCAUCUAUAACAACACAUCCAUCGUCCAGGAUGAAGUCUUGGCCCACAGAUUAGGUCUGGUCCCCAUCAAAGCUGACCCUCGCCUGUUUGAAUACAGGAACGCUGGUGAAGAGUCUGCAGAGGAAGAAGGUUCAGAAAUAGACACAAUUCAACUGCAGCUGAAGAUUAAAUGCACCAGGAACCCCAGAGCCACCAAAGACUCGGCUGACCCACGAGAGCUGUAUCUGAACCACAUGGUUUAUUCCAAGGAGAUAAAGUGGGUCCCCAUCGGGAACCAGGCAGAUGUGUUUGCAGACUCCCUCAUCGGACCGGUACACGACGACAUCCUGAUAGCUCAGCUACGACCGGGACAGGAGCUGGACAUUGUCAUGCACUGUGUCAAAGGAAUUGGUAAGGACCAUGCUAAGUUCUCUCCGGUGGCCACAGCCAGUUACCGCCUCCUCCCAGAGAUCACCCUGCUGGAGACGGUGGAGGGAGAGAAGGCCGAGCGCUUAAAAGGCUGCUUCUCACGAGGAGUUCUAGACAUAGAAGAUGUUAACGGGAAAAAGGUCGCCAAAGUAGUGAACAGUCGCUUGGAUACGUGCAGCAGGGAAGUCCUCCGACACGAUGACCUGAAGAACGUGGUGAAGCUCGCAAGACUGCGAGACCAUUUCAUCUUUACCGUGGAGUCGACUGGCAUCCUGCCUCCAGAUGUCCUGGUCACAGAGGCCAUCAAAGUCCUCAUGACCAAGUGUCAGAGGUUUCUCAAUGAACUGGACUCUUCCGUCAUGGAGUGAAGUAAUGACUGAGCGUGCUCUGAACCAUCACAGAAGAUCUGACGUUGAAAUAUGCCAGAGCCUAUCGGGGAUUGUAUUGUUGAUAUUGUGCUCUCAAUGGCUCAGAUAAAAACCUAUACAGAUUUUGUUAUGGUGGUUAGACUUGCUUGUAAGUAUGUAUAUAUACUGCUGUCUCUAGUAUUUUGUAUGCCUUUGCUCUUGAUUUUCCUCAAAUACACAUGCUGGAUCUAAUAAAAACAUCCUAUCAUGUCAUAUCCUA